CAGAAACCCCCCAACUGUGGGAAGGUGGCCUUGCUGCAGCCUCAACAGCCCCCCGCCCCCAAGGACCGGGUGAGCUGAAGACAGAAGUCUCAGCUCCUUGCCAGCUUUCUUCUCUUCUUGCUUCAUCUGCCGGGACAGGGUCACAGGUUGCUUACAGAACACCUUUUGGGACUUUGCAACCCUGCCUGGUUUUGCUGUUCUUCAUCUUGACAAAGAGAGACGACGAGAUCCUGGCCACCCUGUCUGUGAGAUGGAAAGCUGGGUCAGGGAAUGCAGGCCAGUGACCAGUUCAAAGGCGGUGGCCCCAGCAGAAGGCUUCCUCCAGAGCCAGGCAGGGACCGUGAAGCUGGAAGAGCAGGACUCAUCAGAAGGAGCAAAAGAGGCCCCAGCAGUGCCUUGGCAGAGAUUCCUCUUUGGGGAGGUCAAGCAGGAGGGCGAUGGAGGCACUGGAAGGACAUCAAAUGGAUGUUCUGAGACUUCUCUUCAGUGGAAUGGAGUACAUUCUCCGUGUAUGCAGCCAGAUCAGGUUCUGGUGACCUUUGAGGAUGUGUCUGUGGAUUUCUCGGAGGAGGAGUGGGCGCUGCUGGAUCCGGGCCAAAAGGCUCUGCACAGGGAAGUCAUGGAGGAGAAUUACAGGAACCUGGCCUCUCUCGGGCUUGUGAUUCCCAAACCUGAGCGUGCCUCCUGGCUGGAAGAAGGGGAAGAGUCAGUUGCACAGGUCUCCGAGGAAGGAGAGAGAUUGACAGAAACAGAGAGCAAGACCAGUGAAGAACAGCAUAGAAGGGAAACUAAAGCAAAACAAAUGUGGAAGAAGAAAUCUACAAACGGCCAUGAAAUCGUAAUGCAAGAAGAAAGACACAAAGGAAAGAAAAGGAUUACAUUCCGUAUGUGUGCAAACAUCUUUCCUGACUCAUCAAAUCUUAGCAUACAACAGAGAAUGCCGGAUGAGGAGGAACAGUUACAGUGGACAGAGAGCUCGAAGAAUGUUAGUCUGAGCAAAAAUUUUAUUUUACACAAAAGAUUGCAUGCAGAGGAGAAGCCACACAAAUGCUCAGAAUGUGGAAAGAGCUUCAAGCAGAAUGUCCACCUUAUUGCACACCAAAGAGGGCACAAUGGUAAAAAACCAUAUGAAUGCUCUGUGUGUGGAAAGAGCUUUAAUCAGAGAACAAUUCUUACUUCCCAUCAAAGAAUCCACACAGGGGAGAAACCAUACAACUGCUCUGAGUGCGGAAAGAAUUUCACUCAUAAUUCAGGCCUUGCAUCCCAUCAAAGAAUCCAUACAGGGAAGAAACCAUAUAAGUGCUCCGAAUGUGGGAAAAGUUUCAGUCACAGCUCAGGCCUUGUUUACCAUCAAAGAAUCCACACAGGGGAGAAACCAUUCAUGUGCUCUGAGUGUGGAAAAAGUUUCAGUAGGAAGGAGUACCUUACUUGUCACCAAAGAAUGCAUACAGGAGAAAAACCAUAUGUGUGCUCUGACUGUGGAAAGGGCUUCAGGGAGAGCAGAAAACUUGCUUCCCAUAGAAGAAUUCAUACAGGGGAGAAGCCAUAUAAUUGCUCAGAUUGUGGGAAGGACUUCAGUCACCGCUCUGGCCUUGCUUACCACCAAAAAAUUCAUACAGGUGAGAAACCGUAUACAUGCUGUGAGUGUGGAAAGAGCUUUAGUUGCAGCUCAGCCCUUGCCUACCACCAACGAAUCCACACAGGAGAGAAACCAUAUACAUGCUAUGAGUGUGGAAAGAGUUUCAGUUGCAGCUCAGGCCUUGUUUACCAUCAAAGAAUCCACACAGGAGAGAAGCCAUAUAAAUGUCCCGAGUGUGGGAGGAGCUUCAGUCACAGCUCAAGCCUUACUUACCACCAAAGAAUUCACACAGGUGAGAAACCAUAUAAAUGCCCAGAAUGUGAAAAGUGCUUCAGUCAGAGUGCAGGCCUUGCUUACCAUCUAAAAAUGCACACAGGGGAGAAACCACAUAAAUGCCCAGAGUGUGGGAAGAGUUUCAGUCACAGCUCAGGCCUUGCUUCCCAUCAAAGAAUCCACACUGGGGAAAAACCAUAUACAUGCUCAGAGUGUGGGAAAAGCUUCAGUCAGGAACAGCACCUUACUUCCCAUCACAGAAUCCACACCGGAGAGAAACCAUAUAAAUGCUCAGAGUGUGGUAAGGGCUUCAGAGAGAGUGGAAAACUUGCUUCUCAUAAAAGAAUCCACACAGGGGAGAAGCCAUAUAGCUGUUCAAAGUGUGGCAAGAGCUUUGGUCAUCACUCAGGCCUUGCUUACCAUCAAAGAAGCCACACAGGGGAGAAACCUUACAGCUGUUCAGAGUGUGGAAAGUGCUUCAGUCAUAGCUCAGGUCUUGUUUAUCAUCAAAGAAUCCACACAGGGGAGAAACCGUACACAUGCUCUGAGUGUGGGAAAGGCUUCAUUCGGAAAGAGCACCUUAAUUCCCAUCAAAGAAUCCACACAGGUGAGAAACCAUAUAUAUGCUCUGAAUGUGGAAAGGGCUUUGGGCACCGUAGAAGUCUUACUUCCCAUCAAAGAAUCCACACAGGAGAGAAGCCGUAUAAAUGCUCUGAGUGUGGAAAGAGUUUCAGUCGGAGCACAUACCGCAAUUCACACCAAAGAACCCACAUGGCAUCUGUUCAAGAAAAUCCCACAUGGGAUGUCCUCAAUGUCUGUGCAGCAUUUCCUCCUGUUUGAAGGUGACUACAUUCAAUGAUGCGUACGGCCAAAGGAAAACAAUGUCAUUUUGGAUUUAAUCUUGGAGGUAGUAACUCAUGUGACUUGUUAUCACCUGAACCUAGUAGGAUAAAGCAGCAGGCCCAUGUUCUCCAUGCAGUCUCUGGCAGAAUGCCUAUCAAUUGGGUUUGGGGACAAAGGAGAGACUGGGGGUUCUCUUAGUCUACUGCAUAUAGUGAGACCCAUUCUUGAUCUGGUAGGGGCUGUGACCUCCUUGUGGAGCAUCUGCUUUGCAUGUAGAAUGUGCCCGUAACAGGAAUGCUUCCACCUCCAACUUCGGAGAGUUGCUGCUAAUCACAGUAGAUAAGACUGACCAUGCUGGAGCAGUAGCCUAAUAGUGCAUCCAACCAACUUCUUUUUCCAUGUGGCCCAAUUCCCCUCCUUACUUCCUGUGUUCCUUGUGGCUUUCAUUCAGCCAUGAGAGCCAGUUUGAUGUAGCAUCUAAGAGCGGCAGGACUCUGAUCUGGAGAGCCUAGUAUGAUUCCUCUCUCCGCUUGAAGCCAGCUGGGUGACCUUCGGUCAAUCACAGCUUCUUGGAGCUCUCUCAGCCCCACCCACCUCACAGGGUGAUUGUUGUGGGGAUAAUAAUAACAUACUUUGUAAGCCGCUUUGAGUGUGGCAUUAAGUUGUCCCGAAGGUGGUAUAUAAAUCAAAUGUUGUUGUUAGGUCUCAUGAUCUCCAGCAUAACUGGGUGGUUUCCAUGGAUGGAAAUGUUGAUCGGAUCUACCCAUCUAUGACGUAGCUUGGUAUGUUCUUUCGGUAUUCCAUAUGGAGGGAACCUGUCUGAGAGUGGGGUAUUUAUCUGUAUUACCCAUGCUAUGCUCAGAUUGUCAAAUGAAGCCUCAGCAAAUACCUCUGCAGGGGUGAGAAGGCCAAAUAGAAUGGUCCAUCUCAGAGGUUCCUGGUGUCUUUGUACCUCCAGGAGUCUUCUUGGGCAUUUCCAGUUGGAACGGCAAGUUCUCCCUUUCACGUCAUUCAUGAACCUCUGGAAUGCAAAAUGGACCUGGAUGUACCAGAGCUUUCAGGGAAGUGCUUUCACCCUGCUCUAUUUCCUUUUAUUUCUCAUUGAGUGCCUCAGGUGAGGCAGUAUCUUCUUUGAGCAUGUGUCUUCAGUGAAUAAUGUACAUGAGACCAGAUAGAAGGGGAAAGGCCAUGGUCCCUCAUAUCUGCAGAACUGACUCUUUCCUCAUGCUCUGCAAUGGCAGCUUCACACAUCUGAGCAGGGCCUUCUGCAGGUGUGUUACGAGCCUGGGCCUAGCGAGGCCUAGUGGCUCUGGGGAAGCCUGCACUAAAGUUACUGCAAGGCCUACAUUUCCCAGGUUCCCUUUGGCCCCUGUGACUGGGUAAGAGGGGAUUUGGAGGGAAAAUUUGCACCAUUAGGAAAAUAGGGGGAUGGUGCCUGAGAGAAGAGAUAAAAGGCCUCAUCACAGGGGGAGGGCGUUCACUUCUAGGGAGCAGAGCUGAGGAGGGGCUGGUGCAGACGGAGUGAUCCCUCAUCCAGAAGGGGUGAGACAGUUGGAAGACAGUCACUAGGAGACAGUAAGAACAGUCUAGCUAGACGCGUUAGGGUAUUUUAGUUUUGUUUGUUCACCAACCUUUACUAUUCUCUUUAAUCUACAAAGUUUGAGAACCAGUUAUUAAUAAACCGUUUGAAUAAAGUUCUUUAUUAUUCUUCCUGGGUCCUCAUGCCUCAUUUGGUCAUGUAAUAAGUCAAACCUACUGGGAAAGAGUCGACAAGGUGUUGGUUGGGUGCUCUGGGCCCUUCUUUAGGAAACCUGUACCAGAGUGGUGGCAGCCUACAGACAGCUUCCCUGGGCUCCAGCAGCUGUGACAAGGUGUCACCCUGCAAAUGGGAAAAACCCCAUAGAUGAUGGGGUUGAUGAGGUUAGGUGGACUCCCACUCUCCUGGCUUUCUGCAAACUGUGUAAAACUGAAUUAUUCUGGAUGGCUUUUUUAUGCAGGUAAGAGGGCUGUAGUGAAAGGAAAUAGUUCAGAAAGUUGCUUUGGUAAAGGGAUACUAUACUACAGUGUUAAUAUUUGUUGCUAUAAGUAUGAUCCUAUACAAAAGGGGUUUUGGCUAAACAUUAGGAAGAACUUCCUGACAGUUAGAGCGGUCCCUCAGUGGAACAGGCUUCCUCGGGAGGUGGUGGGCUCUCCUUUGGAGGUUUCUAAGCAGAGGCUAGAUGACUGUCAGCAAUGCUAAUUCUGUGAACCUGGGCAGAUCAUGAGAGGGAGGGCAGGAAGGGUUACAUCAGUGCUUAGUUCUCGCGGCCCCUUCUUACAUGCCCAGGGUAAGGCCGAUCGCCGCUUUGGGGUCAUUUAGCAGUUUUCCCCAGGCCAGUUUGGCUAAGGAUCCUGACGGUGUUUUGCCAUUUUCUGGGCAUGGAGUAAGGGUCACUGGGUUUCUGUGUAUUUGUGAAUUUCCUGCAUUGUGCAGGGGGUUAGAAUAGAUGGCCCUAGAAGACCCUUCCAACCCUAUGAUUCUAUCUGCUGCAUUUAAUGUUUAAAUGUUUAAAUACGCUUAUGCUUGGGUUUUGGUUCAGUUUUUAGAUUUCUGCUUAUUUUCAGAUUUCCAAUACCCAAACCCUAUUGCUUUGUUCAUUGGAUAUCCCAGCUGUUGAUCUUAUUUGUCUUAAACUGUGUAACCAGCCUUGAGUCUCAGUGCAAAAGGCGGACUAUAGAUAAUGUUAAUAACAAUGAUAAAAGUGGGACACUCAUACUAUGAAAAAGUAAGAUUAAAGAUCAGGUGAGCAAUUUGGCAGUGCUCUACUGACAGAUUCCCAGGCAUUGGGAGUGGCAUGGAGAUCCUUUCUUUUCAGUCUGGGUUGAUCGAGACCUUGCCAUUGUCUCUCAUGCCUCGAUGAUCUCAAGAUUACACAGUUGUUGUGAGCAUGAUCUAGAUACCAGUUGACAAUGAGGGGAUUCUCCAGCUGUGACUGUGCUUAUGUGGGUUGUUGGCCUUCCAGCAACUAAGAAAUACGACCUGCUUUAGUUUCUUCUGAUUCUGCCUACUGCAUCGCCUAAAUUAGACUCCAGCUUUCUUGUCUGCCUUAGAAGGGGACUGCAUGUUCUUAUGAGGACUGUAAUGGCAAUUGAUUCGCUGCCGGCUUCUUUUUGUUUUCUGAAAGGCAAAGAUGCUUUCUUUUCUUUAAGCCUAAAAACUAGUAGAUUUAUGUCAUAAGCUUUCAUUUUUUAGUUUUUAAAAUGAAGAACAUAAGAUGGUUAUAAAUAUCUUGAACGAAAUUAAAUACACGAUGAUUAUACUGU